AUGGUGCUCCUUAAGAGCUUCGUGCUCGCCAGCCUCGCGGCCGCAGCCGCCGCCAAGUCAGCCGUCCUCGACCUCAUCCCCGACAACUUUGACAAAGUAGUCCUCAAGUCCGGCAAGCCGACGCUCGUCGAGUUCUUCGCCCCGUGGUGCGGCCACUGCAAGAACCUGGCCCCCGUGUACGAGGAGCUCGCCACGGCCUUCGAGUUCAGCGACAAGGUCCAGAUCGCCAAGGUCGACGCCGACGCCGAGCGGGAUCUCGGCAAGCGGUUUGGCGUGCAGGGCUUCCCGACGUUGAAGUUUUUCGAUGGCAAGAGCGAUACCCCGACGGAUUACAGUGGCGGACGGGACCUGGAGGCGCUGUCCAGCUUCAUCACCGAUAAGACGGGCAUCCGGCCCAGGAAGAAGGCGGAGAAGCCCAGCAGCGUGGUUAUGCUGACGGACUCGACUUUCAAGAACGAGAUUGGCGGCGACAAGAGCGUUCUCGUGGCAUUCACCGCUCCGUGGUGUGGACACUGCAAGAACCUUGCGCCCAUCUGGGAGUCGCUCGCGGACACCUUCUCCACCGAGGACAACGUGGUGAUCGCCAAGGUUGAUGCCGAUGCCGCGAACGGCAAGGCCACCGCGGCCGAAUACGGCGUCACGGGAUACCCGACCAUCAAGUUCUUCCCCGCCGGCACCACCGACCCGGAGGACUACAGCGGCGGCCGGUCCGAGGAUGCCUUCGUUACCUUCCUCAACGAAAAGACCGGCACCCACCGUGCCGCGGGCGGUGGUCUCGAUGCCACGGCCGGUACUGUCGAGUCGCUAGACACCAUCGUGUCCCAGCUGGUUGGCGGCACCGCGCUGGCCGAGGUCGCGGCUGAGGCUAAGAAGGCCGCUGCGGCCCUUACGGAUAAGGUGCAAGCCAAGUAUGCGGAGUACUACUUGCGCGUGUUUGACAAGCUUAGCAAGAGCGAGGAGUUUGUUGCUAAGGAGCUCUCGCGCCUGGAGGGCAUCAUCAAGAAGGGUGGGUUGGCGCCGACUAAGCUGGAUGAGCUGAUUGUCAAGACCAACGUGCUUCGCAAGUUCAAGGUGGAGGAGCAGAAGGAGGAGCUGUAA